AUGCCCCAGAAUGCCGGAACAGCUCUCGGCUCACAGAAGCUGUGUGGAACGGCCGGGAUGGGUUUCCCAGGCCAGUGGGAGUCCCCGACAGUUGAGAUUUCUGAUGAUGAAAGUACCGUUUCGCUCACUCAACUCUUGGAAGAAUGGAUGGAUCAAGAAGUCGAAUCCAUGGAAAGGGCGCAGCAGGUUCUGGAUGCCAUGUCGAGCUUAGGCCCAGGUAGGCUGUCUCAUGGCCGGACGAGGAUGAUGCACCUGGAGGUCAGUAUAGACAAUGGUGCCGACUGUCCUGGCGAUUGUCGUGCCGACGGUCCUGCUGACAGUCCUGCCAGCGCAGCAGGCGGUGGUGAGGAACCGGCUCGGAAGCCGGAGACGCCUGAGGAUCUGGUUUCCAUGCCCUGGGAAGCUUUGUGGCUGAAGCUGGAGGCCCAAGGAUGGCGGAUCGAACAUGGUCCACGGGGGAAGGGACGACAGGCUUACUACUUGCCUCCUGGUGUACAGCGUGGUCCAGGCAAAAAGAACCGAGUGGACUACUUCGAUUCCAAGAAGCUCGUGCUGCAGCUUCUUUCUUGCGGCAAGGAUGGAGGAGGUCUCGUGAUGUCUCGUGCUAAUGAGAUCCCCCAUCUAUCCAAGUUGGGACUGCAAAUCAAGAAAGAGCAUUUUAUCGCUGUUGAUGUUUGUGGGACCUUAGGCGGGGUCAUCUAUGCCAGUACAAGGAAGAAGGGCAAAGACCGCCUUGACAAGUCAAGGGCUGAGAAGUUCUAUCACCUGGCGAAGGACCAAGGCUAUCGGGCGCGAUCCGCCUUCAAGCUGAUCCAGCUUGCUGGGACCCCUGGCAUGCCGUGGUGGUUCUCGGCCGUUCUUCAGUUGCCAGUCGCGCAGCGGAACAUGCCCGCUGGGCGCCCAGAUGUGGAUGUCCUCAAUAAAGGCCUUGCCAGGUGCCGCAGCCUGAUCCGGAAGGAGCUCCAGGGUGGCCGUGCCGAUGUGGUUUUGCACGACGGCGCGCCGAACGUGGGCAGCGGCAGCUCUUGGUCGAAAGAUGCUUUCAGCCAAGCGGAGCCGCCUGGCUGUGACUUCAUGAAAGCCGGCGGAACCUUUGUGACGAAGGUCUUUCGGUCGUCCGACUACAAUUCCUUGCUUUGGGUGUUCAACCAGCUCUUCAACAAGGUAGAUGCCACGAAGCCGACAGCGUCACGAAACGUCUCAGCAGAGAUCUUCGUGCUCUGCAUCGGCCUGCGGCUCAGCUUUAAAGCCGGGAAAAUCGAUCCGCGCUUCUUCGACACGUGGGUGUUCAUGGAGAACCUUGAGCCACUUCCCAAGGAUGAAGGAGUCAAGAAGCCUGGGGCCUCCUUGACGGAGUACUUCAAGCAACUGAAGAAGCCCCAGCCUCAGAGUACCCGCAUGGGCGACGACAAUCGCGUGGUCCCAGCUCACGACUUCAUUGCAGCCGAAAACCCGGCAGAGAUCCUGAUCAAAGCCCAUAAGCUCAACCUCGAGGACGGCGGUGAACGCCGUGACAGAGAAUCGGGGCUAACCACCCAAGACAUCCGUGACUUCUGCGAUGACCUCAAGGCCCUCCCUAAAAAGAGAUCGAGAAGCAACUUCUGA